AUGAAGAUUGAAUACUCCCUUCUCACCCUGCUGUCCACCUCAUUGGUGGCAGCGGCUCCGGCCCCAUUCGUCGUCACGGACCCAGUAGUCGCAACUGGGACUGGAAAUGUCGCCACAACCGUCACUGACCUUGAUCGACGACAGCAGGUCUCUGUUUACGGUUUCCGCAAGCGUACUCUUGAGCUUCGUAAUGCUCUUUUGGCCGCUCGCGGAGGUCAGCGUCAGAACCAAGAUUCUGAUAAUGGAAGAGAGGAGACUGACGCCAAAGAUGCUGGGGAACAGGCAGCUGAAGGUGAACAGACUAGUGACAAUGCAGCUGCCGAGCAACAACAACAGGCGGCAGAUGUUAAGCAGCAGCAGCAAGCAGAGCAGGCCCAGGGUGCUGACCCUGCCACUGAUCAGGCACAGAACAACCACGAACAACAAGCUGCGCCGGACCAAGCCGCUGGUGAUCAGGCCGUAAAGGACCAAGCUGCUCAGGACCAAGCUGCUCAGGACCAAGCUGCUCAGGACCAAGCUGCUCAGGAUCAGGCAGCUGCCGACCAGAAAGCUGGCCAAGCGGAACAGGACGCCCAACAGCAAGCAAAGCAAGAAGCAAAGCAACAAGCCAAGCAACAAGAGGCAGAAGCGAAGCAAGCUGAAAAAGAGCAGAAGGCUGCACAGCAAGACGCAAAGCAACAGGAGGAGCAAGCCAAGCAACUGCAGAACCAGGCUGAGCAGGACGCAAAGCAAGCCCAAAACGACGCCGAGCGCGCUGCAAAGGACCAGCAAAAAGCAACCGAAGAGCAGCAGAAGGCCCAGCAAGAAAUCGACCAAGCACAGCAAGAACUCGAUAAAGCGAAGCAGCAGCAAGGCCAGCAAGCUGCCGCGGGUAACGCUACAGCCAUCGUGGGCGGCGACGCAGCAGCAGCAGCCAACCAGACACAGGGCGCUGCAGGCAAUGGCACACAAGCUGGUAAUGAUCAGCAAGGAAACGGCAACGGGAAAGGAAACGGCCGUGGUAAAGGAAACGGCCGUGGUAAAGGAAACGGCCGUGGUAAAGGAAACGGCCGUGGUAAAGGAAAAGGAAAGGGAAAAGGUCAGAACCAGGAACAAGGACAGGACAACGCUGCUGAGGAGGCGCUCCAGUCUGGCGGCCAAGAGCAACAGCAAGGUGGAGGCCUCGAUAUCGGUAAUAUCCUGAGCAGUCUGCUUGGUGGAGGUGCGGAUGCCGGAGCAGGAGCAGGAGCAGGAGCAGGAGCAGGCGCCGGAGCUGGUGCUGGUGCUGGUGCUGGUGCUGGUGCUGGAGCGGGCGGGUUGGCUGAUCUGCUCAGCGGACUCGGAGGUGGCGCAGCUGCCGGUGGCGAAGGUCAAGGUGCUGGUGCUGGCGCUGGCGGUUUGUCUGGGCUCCUUGCAGGCCUGACAGGCUAG